AUGUCUUCUGCUCUAUUUGGUUCCAUCGAUCCGUCUACAAGGUACUUACUUAAUGAAGAUCCUAAGUCUCCAUCUGGAUUCCUUGACCAUUUUUCGUCUUUGACUUUGGAAAGUAAAGGUUCAGUUGCCAGAGAUCAUGGUAAGCAACACGGAUCCUUGGCUCGUGCCGGUAAGGUUAAGUCUCAAACUCCAAAGGUUGACAAAACUGAGAAGCCAAAGAAGCCUCAGGGAAGAGCUUACAAGAGAUUGUUGUACACCAGAAGAUUCGUUAACGUUACUUUGGUUAACGGUAAGAGAAAGGCUAACUCUAACGCUGCUUAA